GCGCGAUGCGGCGGGAACGCUCUGCGAGCUGCAAGUCGCGGCAAGUGCCAUAGCCGACUCGCGGGUCGACUGCUUGAGUAGCUGCAGGCAUUUGCGGUGCGCUGCGCUUGUGGUUCCUUCUCCAUUGAUGACUGCGCGCUGGAGCGUCGACUCGCAAGAACAGCGCGCCGGCGUCACGCAGGCAUCUGUCCAAUCAAGUCCACGCAUGCAGGACCGUCCGUCGACGCGUCUUCGACCUUGAGCAUCACAUGCAGUCGCAUUCGCGGUCGCGGGCGCUUGUCGACCAUGUCAUAUUGGUCGUAAUUAGCUCCAAUGACUUGGUGAACCAACCAUCAGCGCAUGCUACCGCCCAGGUGAACGCACCGUAGCGUGCCACGUCAUACCUCGCAACUGCUGAGCACAUGGGUGUCGAGGACGCAUCCUCCUCCAAGCUUUGCAGCCGAUGGGAAAUGAAGCUGCUGGAGGCUCGUGGUAUAGCAUGAGCAGCCAAGGCAAGAGUACGAGGCGGCCAUGAACGGCACCAGCCAAGAAGGCUGUCCCCAGGCUCAUGAUAGCCAGCGCGAAACCGCACCUGACCGAGCAUCGUACUUGUUUCGACACAUCCGAUCUUUCCGCGACCCUUGGCGAUGGACAGCAUCAAGGCGGCGCUUGCGAGCAGCAAGAGCGAGGACCCCGCAGACUUGCGGGAGCCCCAUGUCGUCGAGAAGGUGCUCUCGGACGAGAUCGAUGGCGCUUGGGCCGACGGGAAGGCGCCGAUCGAGAUGAUUACGACGUUUCUUGGGCACCUCGAGGACGAGGAGACGGAAGAGGCGCUCGCACUCGCGCAGCAGAUCUUGGCGCAUGAGCCGGCGAACCAGUUGAUCAAGAACCUCCAGACCGCGCUGCAGCUCAAGCUCGUUGUCGACAACCAUGCGGAGGCCCACGACUCGAGCGAGAGCAGUGACGACGACGAGGACGACGAGGAAGACGAAGAGGAUGAAGACACGGACGACGAUGGUCAGGACAACGAAGCGAUGCUCGCUGAGGCCAAGGACGUCGAGCUCUAAGUCCUGUGGUGAUUGUAUCCUAAUCUAUCAUGAAUUGCAUGCUGGCUACUCGCGAUGCGGGGCAACGUCGA